ACUUUAACCACAUUGAGAUGGAUGGACAGCCUCAGAAAAGUAAUGAAGCACAGAAACGGUAGUAGGAAAUUUCAGAGGAUGUGGCUGAACUGGCUUCUGCUUGUUUUUCUCAACACUGCUCAUUCAGUGAACUCAUUCUCUUUUGAAGCUGAUGACACUGAUCCAGAGGCAGAAUGGGACUCGAUGGAAAGUUUAACAUUAAGCGUAGAUGAAUAUGACCGUGAUUUGUUUAUGCCAAAAACCAAAAGGCUCUUAAACACGAUCCGUCCGCUAAAACUACCGGCGUCGGUACGAAUUCCAGCGGAUGAACUCUACAAGGAGCAUUUCACCCCUGAAAAGGGUGGUAAACCGAUGCCUCCGCUAGUCAAGUCAAUACUUCUUCCCGCAGCACCUACCGCGAUAUCCGGUACUCCGGUCUCCGGUGCGCCGAAGAUUGUGGAGGUUUUGUGUUACCUGGACCGGAUGUACGUGAGAGUCCUGAAGAGGUUUUGUACCAGUCCCGGCGCGUGGACGCACCUGAAACUGGGAACGUGUGCUGUUAAUAAAGCCACGGACACUCACUAUUAUCUUCUGUACUCUCUGAAAGAAUGUGGCGUAAAACGAGAGGAGGAUGCCAAUCGAGUGACUUACAUGAACACACUCCACUAUACACCAGCUGUCACCGGGUUGAUUGUGAGGGACCUGCCAUUUUCGAUGCCUAUUCGUUGUAGCUACACAAAGUUCCAUCGCUCUUAUCAGGUUGGAUUCCUACCCAAGAUAGCAGGUGGAACCAUUUACAGGGCCCUACAAACUCAAGCAGGGUUCUCCAUUAUGGCAAUGGACGCAUCUUGGCGCUUGCUUGUUGAUGGCCAGAGUUUUGUCCUUGGCAAACCCAUAUGCUUUGAAGCCAAAGGCCCCAGUGAUGCAAACAAACGUCUGUACCUGAACCGUUGUUUUGUCAGUCCCACUCCAAACCCUCAGUCGAUGGAGAAAUAUUCUGUGGUGGAGAAUUAUGGAUGCCUGGUGGACAGCAAGAACAGCAUUCUGACGAAGUUCCACACCAGUGUUAACAAGAUGACUGUGAGGCUUUGCGUUGCAGCUUUUCUGUUUAAAAACAUGGUUUCUCUGCCACAGUCCAAAAAGACCAUGUUUAUGCAUUGUGAGUUGGACUUUGGACCACAGACUCCUACACCAACUGCCAAGUCUUGCACGUACAAUGCAAAAACCAAGAUGUGGACUGAGCUAUAUGGCGACGCCACUGUCUGCGACUGUUGUUCAUCUACAUGUCCUACUUCUCAACUACCAUCUGAUAAGAAAAUGAUCACCAGUGAGUCUUGGGACUUGAAGAUGCGCCCGGAAACCUCAUCAACUCCUUCACCAGAGUCCAUGCCUGCAUUUUCUUUAUCUGACCAUGAUGACUUUGAGUUGUUCUGGGAAUCAGAUGAUUACUAGGAGGAUGUUUGUUUUUGUUUUUUACAGAACGCAGAUGUCUUAAGGACUCUAAAGUGCCAAUUUUGUGGUUAUGCCUUGUGAAGUUAAUGUGAUAAACUGAAGUUACAAAU